AAUCUGUCAAGAGCAAGGAGCCCAUCGCCCCGGGCUGAGCAGCGCUCUGCGCCCGACUUCCCCGCCUGCCCUCUGCGCCCAGCUGCCCAGCGAUCCCGCCCUGUCUCCCCGCCGCUGGGUUUCUAUGAUGGGCUCCGUGCUCCCCGCGGAGGCGCUGGUUCUCAAGACGGGGCUGAAGCAGCAGGGGCUGUCCUUGGCGGAGGUGAUCACGUCGGACAUCCUCCACAGCUUUCUCUACGGCCGGUGGAGGAACGUGCUGGGGGAGCAGCUCUUGGAGGAGAAGAACAGCCACAGUAACCCCAAAACGGCCUUCACGGCGGAGGUGCUGGCUCAGUCCUUCUCGGGGGAGGUGCAAAAGUUAUCCAGCCUGGUGCUGCCCUCAGAAGUGAUCAUCGCCCAGAGCUCCAUCCCCGGGGAAGGGCUGGGCAUCUUCUCCAAGACCUGGAUCAAAGCUGGCACCGAGAUGGGGCCUUUCACCGGCAGAGUCAUCUCGCCGGAGCACGUGGAUCUGUGCAAGAACAACAAUCUCAUGUGGGAGGUCUUCAAUGAAGAUGGCACUGUCCGCUACUUCAUCGAUGCCAGCCAAGAGGACCACCGUAGCUGGAUGACAUACAUCAAGUGUGCCAGGAAUGAGCAGGAGCAGAAUUUGGAAGUGAUCCAGAUAGGAAACAGCAUAUUCUACAAGGCCAUUGAGAUGAUUCCACCAGACCAAGAGCUGCUGGUCUGGUACGGGAACUCCCACAACACCUUCCUGGGGAUCCCGGGUGUGCCAGGCUUGGAGGAGGAGCAGAAGAAAAACAAGCACGAGGACUUCCACACAGUGGAGACCGGCGCUAGCACGGCCGGCCGCAUGCGCUGCGUGAUCUGCCACCGCGGCUUCAACUCCCGCAGCAACCUGCGCUCCCACAUGCGCAUCCACACCCUGGACAAGCCCUUCGUCUGCCGCUUCUGCAACCGCCGCUUCAGCCAGUCCUCCACGCUCCGCAACCACGUGCGCCUGCACACCGGGGAGCGCCCCUACAAGUGCCAGGUCUGCCAAAGUGCCUACUCCCAGCUCGCUGGACUCCGGGCCCACCAGAAGAGCGCAAGGCACCGACCUCCCAACGCCUCCCUGCAGUCUCACUCCCCAGCCUUGCCCGGGCCCCACCCUGCCUCCCUGGCGCAUCACAUACCUACAAUGGUGCUGUGAGCCACUGUCGAAAUGCCGGGUUCUGGGGAGCCAUUUCCAGCUGUCGGAGACUGGCAUUGAUAAUGCUGGUGAAUUUGUUGGCAUCAACCCUUCAGGGAGGGGUAGGGGGGAGAGAGGAUGGGGGAGGGCCGAUUUCUUAAUUAAACAGUUUGCUGACCAAG